AUGACCCCUCUGGACAUCCGUAGGUUCUGCUUCCCUGUGCUCUCAGAGCAGGGGCCAGAGCCCUCAUGGCUCCUUUCUUGGUCCUCAGACGUCUUGUCAGAGGAGGUGCUGAGCAUAAUCGCCAACAUAUCUGGCUGCCUCGCUCAUAUGCUACCACCCAGAUGCCCAGAUACCUGCCUGGUGAACAAAUACAGGCUCAUCACUGGCGCCUGCAACAACAGAGCCCAUCCCCGGUGGGGCGCCUCCAACACAGCCCUGGCCCGGUGGCUCCCCCCCGUCUACGAGGAUGGCUUCGGUCAGCCCCGGGGUUGGAACCCCGGCUUCCUGCACCAUGGCUUUCCACUGCCUGCGGUUCGAGAAGUGACAAGACAAAUUAUUCAAGCCCCCAACGAGGCCGUGACAGAGGACGAGCGGCACUCGGACUUCCUGACAGCAUGGGGGCAGUACAUCAGUCACGACAUUGCCUUCACGCCUCAGAGCCUCAGCAGGGCUGCCUUCUCAGCGGGCAUCGACUGCCAGCUGACAUGUGAGAACCGCAGCCCCUGCUUCCCUAUCCAGCUCCCCGGGAAUGCCUCACCCGCCGCGUGCCUGCCCUUCUACCGCUCCUCUCCAGCCUGCGGUACCGGCGACCAGGGCGCGCUCUUCGCCAACCUGUCCCAGGCCAACCCGCGGCAGCAGAUGAACGGGCUGACCUCGUUCCUCGACGCGUCCACGGUGUAUGGCAGCUCCCCCGCCUCUGAGAAGCUGCUGCGCAACUGGACCAGCGCCGAGGGGCUGCUGCGCGUGAACGUGCGUCACUGGGACUCCGGCCGCGCCUUCCUACCCUUCGCACCGCGUGUGCCCGCUGCCUGCGUGCCAGGGCCCGGCGCCCCAGCAGAGGCCCGUGCCCCCUGCUUCCUGGCUGGGGAUGGGAGAGCCAGCGAGGUCCCCUCGCUGACGGCUGUGCACACGCUGUGGUUACGGGAGCACAACCGCCUGGCGGUCAAGCUGAAGGCCCUCAACGCACAUUGGAGCGCGGAUACCGCAUACCAGGAGGCGCGCAAGGUGGUGGGAGCCCUGCAUCAGAUCAUCACGCUACGGGAUUAUGUACCCCAGAUCCUGGGCCCCCAGGCCUUCCAGCAGUAUGUGGGUCGAUACACAGGGUACGACCCCACUGUGAACCCUACAGUGUCCAACGUCUUCUCCACGGCCGCCUUCCGCUUCGGCCACGCAACAGUGCUCCCUUGGGUGAGGCGGCUGGACGCCCGCUUCCAAGAGUUGCCUGACCACCCCCUGCUGCAGCUUCAUGACGUAUUCUUCAGCCCCUGGCGUCUCAUCAGGGAAGGGGGAGUGGACCCACUAGUCAGAGGCCUCCUCGCAAGACCAGCCAAGUUGCAGGUGCAUGGGCAGCUGAUGAAUGAGGAGCUGACAGAGCGGCUCUUCGUGCUGUCCAGCUCAGGCACCCUGGAUCUGGCAUCGCUGAACCUGCAGAGGGGUCGGGACCACGGGCUGCCAGGUUACAAUGCGUGGAGGGAGUUCUGUGGCCUGAAGCGCCUGGAGACCCUGGCCCACCUGAGCGAGGUCCUUGCAGACGGGCGCACGGCCCACAAGCUGGUGGAGCUGUAUGGGCACCCUGACAACAUCGAUGUGUGGCUGGGUGGCCUGGCCGAGGCACCACUGCCUGGGGCACGCACAGGGCCCCUCUUUGCCUGCAUCAUCGGCCGGCAGAUGAGGGCCCUUCGGGACGGCGACAGGUUCUGGUGGGAGCACGAUCCGGUGUUCACCGAGGCCCAGCGACAGGAGCUGCAGAAGCACUCCCUGUCCCGUGUGGUCUGUGACAAUACUGGCCUGACCUGGGUGCCGGCUGAUGCCUUCCGAGGUGGACAGUUCCCCCGAGACUUCAAAUCCUGCGAGGACAUCCCGGGUUUGAGCCUGGAUGCCUGGCGCGAUACCUUUCCUGCAGAUGACAGGUGUGGCCUCCCAAGCCUGGUGGACGGCGGGGACUUUGUGCUGUGUGAGGAGUCGGGGAGGCGCACACUGGUGUUCUCCUGCCGUCACGGAUAUGAGCUGCAGGGGCCAGAGCAAGUCACCUGCACCCCACAGGGGUGGAACUCCCAGCCCCCCGUUUGCAAAGAUGUGGAUGAGUGCUUGGACCCAACACGCGCGCUUUGCCAUGGCCCAGCUCAGUGCCUCAACACCAAGGGAGGUUUCCGCUGCAUCUGCGCUGACCCCUAUGAGCUGGGCGAGGAUGGCAGGACCUGCGUGGACUCCGGUAGGCUCCCACGGGCAUCCUGGGUCUCCAUCGCGCUAGGCGCCCUGCUCAUUGGUGUCAUGGCGGGCCUCACAUGGACGGUGAUCUGCAGGUGGAGACAUUCCAGUUCUGCAUCCACACUGCCGAUCACGGGGAGUGAUGGAAGAGCCACUUCCCAUCCAGGACGUGGGCGGCAUCAGGACGUGGGGCAGGAGCCUGCCUGUGGGUCCCAGACCCUCCUGUGCAGGUAGAAGUCUCCUGAGUUUGCUGCCUCAGUCCCUGGUGCUCCAUGGCUGCCCCGGAGCAGCAGACCACGCAGCUUGGAGCCACAGACUGAAGGGCAGCUGACUGACUCAGCCGCCAGCCUCGG